GCAGGCGGCCGCUGGGAGGCGAGGGUGGGGGCCCUUUAAGCGCCCACCACCGCGGGGUGCUGGAGGGGGGCUGGGAGGGGAGGGAACUCCUGGAGGGUCUUACGCCGGCCCGCGCGAGACGCAGCCGCCGAGAGACGACACGGAGCGGGCGGCCUCGGCUGGAGUCGUGGAGCCGAGCGCCGCGGGUGGCGAGGACCGAGCGCUGCUCCCCGCGGGGGCGCACGGCCACAGGACCGAGAGGGGGGCGCCUCCCCCCUCAAAAAAACCGGUGUGUGUGUGGUGGGGGCUUCCUCGCGGCCUCCGCCCAGGCUGCAAAGAGGCUGUUCUCAGCCUCUGCUCGGCUCCUUCCUUGUGGGAGGGCGGGAGGGAAAGAGGGAGGAGAGUAGGGGGGAGGAGGGAGCGGGAGGGAGAGCGGGGGGCUCUACGCCAACCGCCCGCGGACCCGGCCGCUCCUCGGGGAGGACGGGCGGGCGGGGGAGGGCGCGCCGAGGCUCGCUCCGGAGAAGCGGCCGCCGAUGACGGCAGAGGUGCAGCCAGCCCCGCGCGCGCAGCCCCCUCCCCCUCGGCCCCCUCCCCCUCCCCCUCCCCCUCCCCUUCCUCCUCCUCCUCCUCCUCCUCCCGGCUCGUCGGCCGCGCAGAGCAGCAGCGGCAGCGGCGGCGGCGGCAGCAGCCACCCGAUGUCUUCGGCGCCCGAGAAGCAGCAGCCACCGCACGGCGGCGGCGGCGGCGGCGGCGGCGGCGGCGGGGGAGGCGGCGCGGCCAUGGACCCCGCGUCGUCCGGCCCGUCCAAGGCCAAGAAGACGAACGCCGGCAUCCGGCGCCCGGAGAAGCCGCCCUACUCGUACAUCGCGCUCAUCGUCAUGGCCAUCCAGAGCUCGCCCACCAAGCGCCUGACGCUCAGCGAGAUCUACCAGUUCCUGCAGAGCCGCUUCCCCUUCUUUCGCGGCUCCUACCAGGGCUGGAAGAACUCCGUGCGCCACAACCUCUCGCUCAACGAGUGCUUCAUCAAGCUGCCCAAGGGCCUCGGGCGGCCGGGCAAGGGCCACUACUGGACCAUCGACCCGGCCAGCGAGUUCAUGUUUGAGGAGGGCUCCUUUCGGCGGCGGCCGCGCGGCUUCCGAAGGAAAUGCCAGGCGCUCAAGCCCAUGUACAGCAUGAUGAACGGGCUCGGCUUCAACCACCUCCCGGACACCUACAGCUUCCAGGGCUCUGCCGGCGGCCUCUCGUGCCCGCCCAACAGCCUGGCGCUGGAGGGAGGUCUGGGCAUGAUGAACGGCCAUUUGCCGGGCAACGUGGACGGCAUGGCUUUGCCCAGCCACUCGGUGCCCCACCUGCCCGCCAACGGCGGCCACUCGUACAUGGGCAGCUGCGGAGGCACAGCGGCCGGAGAGUACCCGCACCACGACGGCUCAGUGCCCGCCUCUCCGCUGCUGCCCGCGGCGGCAGGCGGGGUCAUGGAGCCCCACGCCGUCUACUCCGGCUCCGCGGCCGCCUGGCCUCCCUCUGCCUCGGCGGCUCUCAACAGCAGCGCCUCCUACAUCAAGCAGCAGCCCCUGUCCCCCUGCAACCCCACGGCCAACCCCCUGUCCGGCAGCCUCUCCACGCACUCCCUGGACCAGCCGUAUCUGCACCAGAACAGUCACAACACCCCUGCUGAGCUGCAAGGCAUCCCGCGGUAUCACUCGCAGUCGCCCAGCAUGUGUGACCGAAAGGAGUUCGUCUUCUCUUUCAACACCAUGGCAUCCUCGUCCAUGCACUCGGCCGGCGGCGGCUCCUACUACCACCAGCAGGUCACCUACCAAGACAUCAAGCCCUGUGUCAUGUGAGGCCACAGCUCCGGGGCCCCUCCGGGCAGGGGCCAGCCGGGCGCAGGGACUUUGGAACCCGUCACCAGAAACUGCUUUAUUUUUUAUUUUUUUGAGGUAUAACCGUCAGCAGAAGAAAAGGGCUUGACCCCUCCCCAACCGGAUUAUUGGGAAAGGGAUCCCGUGAGGCAAAGACUGAGCGAGGUCGGCACCUCCCCCCACCACCACUCCCUCAGCAUUUUUUUUUUAAUGGUGAUGGCGGGGGCCUGAUCUGACUGCAGCUGUUGAUAAAUAAGUAUCUAUUUUUGAUCCGACUGAAACCGGCUGAGAAGGUGCUGUGUUGGGGAAGAAUUCUCAACAUCUGAACACGCAUUUCUGCUACGGUCUCUCCCCCUCUCCCCCUCCAACGGCAAAUGUCGGGGAAGGUUUUUAGGAGAAAGGCAAACGUGUGAAACCGUCAUUAUCAAAUACUUUUAUUUUUUGGUUGAGUAUUUAUCGUUUUAUUUUUAAUUUUUUUGGAAAGAAUGUCUUGGAAUGCGCGUCUCCUUUUUAGAGCCGUCUUUUGUAGGGAAAGGAGGGGGCGACAAGAAGUCGCCCUCUCCCUCCCCACCUCAGAAGUCCUCCCGUCAGCCACAGGUGGAUCCUUGUGCGAGUAACUUGCAUUUCUGAAGCCACUGCUCAUCUUAGGAAAGAAACCAGGAGCCCAGAAGCAGGCGGCUCUCCCGGCCUCUGCCACCGUCCUCCUCCGCCUUCCUCUCCUUCCUUCUCUUCAGGCUUUUUUGGUUUGGUUUCGAACUUUGUUUUGACUUGUUUGGUGGGUGUUUUUUCUCCCGAGACCCAGCUGUCUCCGAUCUCUACUGUAAACCUUCUGGUGGGAGCGUGAGGCAGGCAGGGCGCCGUGGGGACGGGGAAGGCCCGCAGAGCGCCUGAGUCAGGAUUGCGGUGACGCAGAAAGGUUAAGGCACUUUUUAAAAAAAACGAUAGCAAGGCUCAUCCUGUUAUUUAUUCUACUUUCUUUCCCUAAUAAUCGAAACACCGCAUAGGCUCCUCCGUUUAUCAGUAUUAAUGGUGUAACUUUGUUGGCAAUAUUUGCCGCGUAGAAUUUUUUUUUAGAUAUCCAUUGUAAAUUUGAAACUAAGUCUGAUCUGUGUAAAGACAAAUUUCCAUAUGUUUUAUAUAAAUAUAUAUAUAUAUAAAAUGAAGGACUUCCCCCCCUUUUUUUUAGUAUUUUGGCUGCUGGGGUGCAGCGUUUGUGACACGUAUUUUAAAUUUCCUUCUGCACUGUAUAAAAAUGACAAUUUGAGGAUGUUUUUGCCUUUUGUGUAUUUUUUCCUAAAAAAGAACAAAAUAAAAAUGUAUAACAUUUGUAUAUGGCCUUAUAUUGUAUCAACUAGAAAUAAAAUUGCAUGAGUAUUUUA